AUGUUAAGAAGAAAUAUAUACAAACAUUUAUAAAAUUAAAUAAUAUACAAAAGCCAAUUCCGUUUAGGUAGUGGUGUAUAAUCCCACAAUCAUGGUAAAGAAAUUGAUCACCAUGAAGACCGCCACGAUGACCACGGUCAUCAUCAUUAACCUUACGAUUGGAGAAAUGACCCAAAAGUAAAUACUGAUAUCGAAGAAGAUAUUAGAGAUAGAGGUUGGGAUCAGACCACAUAUGAUUUUCCCUACUCAAAAAAGCAUGAUGAUUGGGCAUUUGACAUAACAAUGCCUUUAGGUAAUUAUUAAACAGAUUUAAGUGUAAACAUUAGACCUGAAAAUAAAUAAAUACAUGAAUUAAAGAAUCCUAUGAGGGCAGCUUAUUGGGAUCCUGAUCAUGAUUUUCCACAUGAAUAUGAUUAUGAAUCUGAAGAUUUAGAUUUUCAAUGCGAAUCUUUUAAAACUUAACAUUUUAGAAAAAAAGGACCUCUUUGGUCAUAUUUUAUCUUAGCAGCUCUAUCUUUCUUGUACUUCGGAACCGAAUUUUUGUAUAAUCAUUAUACUGAUGAAGAUUAUUGGAGAAUACCACGUCCUCCACCAUUGGAUUACCCAGAUACUGAAGAUACUGAUGAUACAGAAAUAUAUUAAGACUAUUAGAGUAUGACAGGUAGGAGAAUGGUUGAUACAGGUAUUAUUGGACCUCUAUGGUAUAAUAUUGUUGAUGGAAAAAAAGUCUAUUACGAUUGGGCAGGGGUUAAUUAACCUAUGGAAGAUAUUUGA